AUGCCAAUCGAGAGGGUUCGAGGACCGGUGCGCACGACUAACAAUGACAAGAAGAUUAAGAGGGGUCUCUGCGGGGUUGGACAGUGCACAGGCUGCACUUCUCUUGGCGGCAUCUGCCAACGAAAAAGUUUGGUCUGUCAAGGGCGGUACCUGAACGCCAAGUGUUCAGGAUAUACAAAUCUGAAGUGCUGUGUGCCAGACGUCCUGAUCAGAGAGGGGCCAACCAAAGAGGAUCGCGUAACAAUAAUCAAGGGGAUUGUGGUGGGCGUGGCUAAAUAUGACCAGAUGAUCAAAGGGGUUCCUGACAAGAUUGGAAAUAACUGCUCUUCUCUUGGGGGCACCUGCCAACCACCAAGUUUGAUCUGUCAAGGGCGGUACAUGAACGGCAAGUGUCCAGGACAUAGAACUCUGAAGUGCUGUGUGCCAGAUGGAGCGUGGAGUGUUCUGUGCGCUGGUCACAACAAUAAUCGAGUGAGGGCCUGUGAUGCGUACGGAUGUGGGGCUUUCAACUCAAGAAGAGGAGCUAAACUGCACAAGGCGGUGGACAUCGUGUGUGACGAUCUCGGGGUCAUCCAGGCUCCGUUUUCGGGGAAUGUGUCUGGACCAGUGAGCUACACGGACCCCAAAGGGAAUCAGUACGAGGGGGUCAAACUGAUCGGCAAAGGCAAAGCAAGAACAUCUCCAUGGAGACAAGCACAUACAUCUCUCCUGCACUGUGUGAAGCUGCUGAACGUGCGUCCGUACAGAUACACGGGCUCAGUGACCAGAGGGGGCGCUGUGGGGUACGUCCUCCCGCUGCAGGACCGUUUCUCCGGGAUCACGUCUCACGUCAAAGUGCAGAUGUGCGACGGGUCAGACCCCGCGGCUUUACUGUAAACGGCAGAGUAAGAGAC